AUAUCCGUGGAGCCGGAGGGGAAGGGACGCGCGUCAGCCGUGCGCAUGCUCAGUAUCACCCACUCCUGGCUCUCCUGGCUUGGCGCGGUGCUGAGGGUUCGCGUCGUACGUCUCUCAUGGCGGCUCCCGGGACCCCAGGGCGCCAGGUCUUGAAAGAUGUAGUGGCCUAUGUUGACGUCUGGUCAGUGAAUGGAACAGAAAAUUAUUCAAAGGCAUUUACAAACCAACUUGUGGAUAUGGGGGCAAAGGUUUCAAAAACUUUUAGCAAACGGGUAACUCACGUUGUCUUCAAAGAUGGAUACCAGAGCACUUGGGACAAAGCACAGAAGAGAGGUGUGAAGCUUGUUUCAGUGCUCUGGGUUGAAAAAUGCAGGACAGCUGGAGCGCACAUCGAUGAAGCACUCUUCCCUGCAGCCAAUACUAGGGAACACCUACCAAGCCUAAUUAAAAAAAAACGGAAGUGUAUGCAGCCUAAAGAUUUUAUUCCUAAAACACCAGAACACGAUAAAAGGCUUAAGAAGAAAUUUGAGAAAAUGGCUACAGAGCUACAAAGGCAGAAGAGCAGACUGGAUAAUGAUGUACCUGUUCUUUUAUUUGAAUCUAAUGGCUCAUUGAUGUAUAGUCCCACAAUUAAAACGUGCGCUGGUCAGCACAGUGCAAUGCAGAGGAGAUUACAGGAGAUGAAGGAGAAGAGGGAAAACCUUUCCCCUACGUCUUCGCUUGAAAAGUCUCAUGAUAACCCAACUAACUCCCCGUGUGAAGCUUCUUGGAACAUUUCCCAUGAUACUUUGUGUUCAGAUGUAUCCUUUGCUGGUGAUCUGCACUCAUCUUUUGACGAUCUUUGUGGAAACGUGAGAUGUGGAAGUCAGGAAGGGAAACUGGGAGGAAUUGUGGAUGAAAUUAAAAGUGAUGUGUGUGUUUCGUCACCUGUGCUGAAGACAAGAUCUCCUGGUUACCUCAGUCCGUUAACUCCUCAGAAACCCAUGGAUAGUCUUUCCAAAGAAGAGACUGGCCGGUGGGGAGAUGCUGUGGGUGUGGUUGUCACCCUGGACAAGCAGCAGUCCGAGGGAGCAACCAGGAUAAUGUCUAAUGAGAAACACAGCUUGUCCCCUCUGUUGUCUGCAACCAAACGCUGCCCUUCAGGACAUUCACGAUCUGAGAGCUCCUCAGCAAGGAGAAGAAGAACGUCUGAGAGGGUGAAUGCACCCCCCAAAGAAGGACUGCAGAAGAAGAGGUGCGGUGGGAAGCCUGCCGGGCCGAAGGGGCAGCUGUGGAAGUCGGGACGCCGCCUGCAGCUCCCGGCCCAGCCUGCUGUCGAGGCUCCCGGCUGCGGGGUGUCUUCGUACGAUGAUUAUUUUUCACCUGAUAAUCUCAGGGAAAGGAGUUCAGAGGCUCUUCUUCCUGGUCUUGAGCCAUCCGCAGGCCUUGCUCAGUUCAGCUGCAGGGGAGGUCUUUCUCAGAGGGAGAGGAGAAACAUACUGCAGAUGGCCGACUUUUCCUGCAUUGGUAAAAAUCCCAGGUUGGUUAACAUGACCGAUGUAACAGCAAAAACUAGCUGCAGUCUUCAGAAACCUACACAGGACACAGCAGAUGCGGUGUGGGGUUGCCUGACCUCUGAGGGAGCGUGUGCUGCUGAAGGAACCCCAGGCCAUUGUCAGCAGGCUGGUGCUCAGAGAAGAUCAGGCCCGUGCACAGAUGGGAAGAGCUGCUCUCCCGUGGAUGAUGAACCGGCUCUGUCACAGGGGUGUGGAGGGGAGGGACUUGGAGGCGAUUUCCCUCAACUUGGAGGCGAUUUCCCUCCUCUGGAACGGAGCAGCAUGGAAAUGACAGGAUUGCUGGACGUGAGAAGUGUGCAGAAGGAAGAUAGCACUUCUGGAACGUGGAAGUCCUCGGGUGCUGAAAUGCAGCGUGAUUAUGAGCUUGAUUUUGUGGGUGAUCGUACUGUGGGCAAAGCUGCAGAAGAAAGGGAACACUCAGCCAGCAGACACGAUGGAAGUGUUAAAGAUGGACCCACAAGGCAUGAUGUUUUAGAUGGCUCAUUAGAAACCUGUAAGGACCUUAGCAGACCUCUUGAGGAAUCGAAGAAAAGAGGGAAAGCCCAAAAGCCAACAAGAACAUUAGUCAUGACAAGCAUGCCAUCUGAAAAGCAGAACCUCGUCAUCCAGGUUGUGAAUAAAUUGAAGGGCUUUUCAUUUGCCCGGGAAGUGUGUGACACUACGACUCAUGUGCUCACCGGGAAGCCCCUGCGAACGCUGAAUGUGCUGCUGGGAAUCGCGCGUGGCUGCUGGAUUCUCUCUUAUGAAUGGGUACUGUGGUCUUUGGAACUGGGUCACUGGAUUUCCGAGGAACCGUUUGAACUUUCUAACUACUUCCCUGCAGCUCCUCUCUGCCGCCUGGAGCGUGGUCUGUCUGCAGGGCAGUACCAGGGAACCCUGUUUGCCGAUCAGCCUGUGAUGUUCAUCACCCCGACCAGCAAUCCCCCAAGAACCAAGCUGCGGGAACUGGUCCUCCUGUGUGGGGGUCAGAUCACACGAAUCCAGCGCCAGGCCGGCAUCUUCAUCGGACCCUCCCAAGGAAAGAGGAAGGCAACCAUCAAGUAUCUGUCAGAAACGUGGAUCUUAGAUUCAAUCACUCAGCACAAGGUCUGUACCUUUGACAACUACCUGUUGCUGGAAUGAUGCAGCCAUCAGUCAACACCACGGGGCUACUGCCAACAGCUUGCAAAGUUGUCUUUGGACAUUCACAUGAGGAAAAACUCAAGAGAAGGAAUGGACAUGGAAACAGUGCCUUUUUAUAUCAUCACAUGUGCGCCUUGUGGUUUUUAUAUAAGAAAGCUCCUUUGUGUGACCUUCUAAUGACUGAAUGUGCGCUUUAAGGAAGCACUGACCAGCCCUAUUUGGGCCUUUUCUAUGGAAUGCCAGUCUUAGUAUUUUAGUGAUGAUCAUGAUUAAGGGUCACAGAAUCUUGGUCGUGGAAGCACCGUGCUGUUAAAUAAAGAGUGGGAAUUCA